UGGAAAGGAGGCGGAGCGCGCCUGGCAGGGCCCCCCCAGGGCUGUGCUCGCUGCAGCCGCUUUGCCCCCGGACUCGCUUGACUGGGGCGGCGGCCGCGGGACCCACGGAGGAGGCGGCGGCGGCGCAGACUCCGGCUUGGAGUGUCAUGGGCUCUGCAGGGAGUCAGCGCCUCAAGGAGCCCAGCAUGGCGGGCACCCCUGAAGGCAGCGCGGUAACCAGCUUCAGCAUCGAUAGCGACCAGCCCGACGCGAGGGCAGAAGGCAGAGAUGCCCCACUUUUCUCCGACUCUGACCCUGACGCACCCGUGCCCGGAGACCGCUACCAUGCCAUCUACUUCGCCAUGCUGCUGGCCGGCGCGGGCUUCCUGCUGCCCUAUAACAGCUUCAUCACAGAUGUGGACUACCUGCACCACAAGUACCCAGGGACCUCCAUCGUGUUUGACAUGAGCCUGACCUACAUCCUGGUGGCGCUGGUGGCCGUGCUGUUCAACAACGCGCUGGUGGAGCGGCUGAGCCCGCACACGCGGAUCACUGCGGGCUACCUCCUUGCCCUGGGACCCCUCCUCUUCAUCAGCAUCUGUGACGUGUGGUUGCAGCUCUUCUCUCGGGACCAGGCCUACGCCAUCAACCUGGCCGCGGUGGGCACCGUGGCCUUUGGCUGCACAGUGCAGCAGUCCAGCUUCUAUGGCUACACCGGCAUGCUGCCCAAGAGGUACACGCAGGGGGUGAUGACGGGGGAGAGCACGGCGGGCGUCAUGGUGUCGCUGAGCCGCAUCCUCACGAAGCUGCUGCUGCCCGACGAGCGCGCGGGGACGCUCAUCUUCUUCCUGCUGUCGGCGGCGCUGGAGCUGCUGUGCUUCCUGCUGCACCUGCUGGUGCGCCGCAGCCGCUUCGUGCGCUCCCACACGGCGCGCCCGCGCCCGCGCGCCGCCCCGCCCGGCUACCGCGCGCACCACGACGUGGCGGCGGGCGAAGUGCGCUUCCUGGAGCACCAAGGCGCAGCCCUGGCCGGCGGCGGGUCCCCGAAGGACAGCCCAGUCCACGAGCUGCCCCGCGGCGGAGCGGGCGCCUACACGCGCUUUGACGUGCGCCGGCCCCGGGCGCGGCGGAGCUGGCCGUCCUGCAGAGCCCUGCUGCUGCACCGCUACGCCGUGGCGCGCGUCAUCUGGGCCGACAUGCUGUCCAUCGCCGUGACCUACUUCAUCACGCUGUGCCUGUUCCCGGGUCUCGAAUCCGAGAUCCGACACUGCGUCUUGGGCGAGUGGCUGCCCAUCCUCAUCAUGGCCGUGUUCAACCUCUCGGACUUCGUGGGCAAGAUCCUGGCGGCCCUGCCCGUGGACUGGCGAGGCACCCACCUGUUGGCCUGCUCCUGCCUGCGCGUGGUCUUCAUCCCCCUCUUCAUCCUCUGCGUGUACCCCAGUGGCACACCCGCCCUCCGCCACCCGGCCUGGCCCUGUGUCUUCUCGCUGCUCAUGGGCAUCAGUAAUGGCUACUUUGGCAGUGUGCCUAUGAUCCUGGCCGCCGGCAAAGUGAGCCCCAAGCAGCGGGAGCUGGCAGGGAACACCAUGACUGUGUCGUACAUGACGGGGCUCACGCUGGGCUCAGCCGUGGCCUACUUCACCUACAGCCUCACCCGGGACGCCCCCAGCGACUGCUCCUUCCCCACCACUUCCAACACCUCUGUCCUUGUUGGCCUCUGAGCCCCACUGCGGCCCGCCCGUGCUGCAGUGUGGGGGGACCCCAGCCACCCAGAGGCCUGCAGGAGGUGGGACCUUUCCCCAAUUCCUGCCAGUCUGAGCCGCGUGCAGCCCCCCAUACACCUCACGGCCCUGCUCCAGCCAGGCCAAUGGUCAGUGGUCAGCUGCCAUCCUCAUCUGCUCGGGACCCUGUGCACCCUUGGUGACUUCUCACCCUAUCCACAUGGGGCUCAGGAGGGGGCUAAGCAGGAUCCCCCCCCAAGCUGAAGCGGCACAGAGGGCUGGGGGUGGCACCUCUCUGUCCUGCCCAGGCCAUUAAAGUCGCAGGCCACACCUUUCCAUGCUGCUGAGUGUCUGUGUGUGUAGGGUGGGGUGGGGGUGUCCCAGGGAGCAAGCUGGGCUGCAGGGGGCCCUCGAGGAGGGUGAACAGUGGCAGGCUGGCCGGGGGUCCGGAGUCCCCGCCCCGUCUCUUCACCAUGGGGAGCUGCCAAAAAGCUCCGCCCCCAGCCCAGCCUCAGUGGAAUGUCCACUAGUGGGGAACAGGACAUGUCCCUCCUGGACUUUCUCAGGGGUCCCCAGCAC